CAAGCGUCGAGUACGCGCAAAGGAGUUGAGAGGACGGUCGAUGCUUGGAGUCUCUUAGACAUUUAGAGUUCACAAGAAUGUUUGUUGUCCAACGUGUUGCUUUAAUCUAGCCAGAUAACGUUUGAAGAAAAACAAACAGCAAGAACUCAGCUAGCUACAUCUUUCUAAAGCCUCACUUCAAUACAGGGAUUUAACUGUCGAGCUUAACGAGCACGGACACAGAUCUGGAGAAAAUGAGCCAUAGCUACGGAGCCAAAGCUGACAUGGGCCCCGAGAUAACGGCCGCAGCAAACUUUGUUUCGAGGUUGCUCCGAACCAGAGGGUUUCUCAACGAGAAACAACUUCAGGUUUUCAGGGACUGUCUACAGCAAGCACUGUCAGAACACUACCAACAUCACUGGUUCCCAGACAGACCACAGAAGGGCUCCGGUUACCGCUGCAUCAGGAUUAAUCAUGAAAUGGAUCCCCUUAUUGGCAGAGCCGCUAGCCGAAUUGGACUGAGCAGUGGACAGCUGUUUUCCCUCCUUCCCCGUGAACUGACCCUGUGGGUGGACCCAUAUGAAGUGUCGUAUCGUAUCGGAGAGGACGGGUCCAUCUGCGUACUCUACGAGGCCGAACCUCCUGCACCCGCUUCCACUCCCAGCGCGCUCAGUAUGUCGCCCUUCGACAAGACCCUGAACUGCAAAAAUCGCUUCAUGAUGGGGGCUCGUGCCAGCCCUCCGAAGAGCUACCUGAUGACCGUUUCCAGCUAAUGAGUUAACCGCUGAGCAUGAGUUGGGUGGGACAGUGAUCGGCCUUACUCCGAACAGCUUAAUUUUCCUGAGACUUUGCAUUUUUAGACGUUUCUCUCUCGGUUAAAGCCAAAUCUUAAACUCUUAUUUUAGGUUAACUAAAGCACUGCCCAUUGAAAGGUAUUGUUCCUGUUGGAUAUUUUCAGAUGGACCCCAUAAGAACCUUGCACUGUUAAAUCUUAUCUGUCUUUGUCAACACUGUGACAAUUUAGAAUGAGCUAAAGCAGGUAAACAUUUGGUGCUGGCUAUCGCAGUGCAAUAGGAGUAUCUCACCAGUCAAGAAUUUAGUGCAAUCACACCUGUUGAAAGACACUAGCUAGGUACUAUAGCGCUUGAAUUUUAAACCAUUGUAUUGCACACAAUGGCCACCACUUUAGGGCCCCUUUUAAACCUGGUGUUUCCUGGGGAUUCUGACAAACCCUUUGAUUUCUGCUGCCUUAAACAAUGUUGUCAUGACCUCCUUAAUGUUGAACAUUUCUGCCAAAUUUGACUUAUUGUGCAAUAUGCAGAAACAUACUUGGUUUGGUUAAAGCUCUUGUUGUGCCCCUCCCGAGUUGUUGUAAUGUUGUGAAAUGAGUCCUAUUUGGCAAAGUGAACGUGAUGCUUGUUGAGCUGUGGGUGUGUCCGCUUCCCCCUGGGGCAGUGAAUGCUGGCUCAGCACAAAGUGGAUGCUUUAAACUGAGGUGGCUGGUUGGCGUCAGGCUUGUUCACACUGCCAGCAAGAUGCUCUUUAUCUCUUGUAGCGCUCCCUGGCUGCUGAGCAGCUUUGUUUACUGAUUUUAGACACAAAUGUAGUUUGUAAGCUAUUUGAAGCACAAUAUGCUUUAAAUGUAAUUUUUGACCUGACAUUUGUGCUUGUAUUAAAAACUGUACAGUUUUGUGGAAUUUUUAUUGCAAUAAAACUAUGGAAUUGUUUA